CCAUCCGAUAAAAAGCCCACUCUGUUUAUACUUGGCCCAAAAUAAACAGGCCUAAUCUCUGUCUUGUUCCUUUAUUUAUUAGGCACAAACAAACCCCAACGAAGUCUCCACAUCUAAUUGCUUCCAUUUUGUCAGCUUGAUAUCUAAAAGUGUGAUGAAAUCUAUAAUAAUAUUACUUUCUCCGUUUAUAAAUAAGUGUCGUUUAAGCAAUGAUGUUUUGAUAUUUUCCUAUAAUGAGCUGAAACUACUUUUUGACCAAUUAUGAGCGAACCAAAGUGGCGUCUUCGCAUCACGACGACACAGGAUAAACAAUGUUCAACGGAACUUCCAAGCACAUGAUUGACAACCUUGGUCCUUUGACUGCACGUUACCAUAUGAUGAUAUUAAUUAGAAACAUUUUGUGCCCAUCAUUGUCGAGAUAUCACUGAGUUAGUAUAUUUGAUGGUAAGCAAUAAAACAAGAAAUAACAGAGGACAAAUGGAUAGUUUCUCACGUGCCUCCAUGUGAUCUUUUACUCCUUGAAGAUACGAAGAUCAACAACAUCUUGCCAAUGAACGAUAAUCUAUACAUAACACCUUUUUUUAUAGAAUCUUUUGGUCAAAUAUUCGUAUAUAGAAUAUAGUCAUAUAGAUCAAGCUUGAUGGAUCUAUGAGUUGGACAUUAAUCAUCUCAUUCCAACUUCCUAUAUAUAUAACCCGAAUUCUUAGAUCUUUCAUUCUAUAUGCAAAAUUGAGUAUUUAUAAAGGGUCGGUGUAAAAAACAUAAAUGGCACGUUUAGAAAUGCACAACUCCAUGAAUGGUGCUGCAAGAAUCUCAUUCUCUAACGAGUUUGUCGAGAUCAGAUCGGAGAAGAGUAAUGCUAAGACCAACAACAUGAACUCAAGAAGCUCUUUCUCCAUGCCCUCUGCUGAUUUCGCUUUCUCAGUCACCGAUUACUCGAUGAUUCCCGCCGAUGAAAUCUUUCUCAAAGGAAAGAUUUUACCUUUGAAGGAGACCAGUCACGUCCAUAGGACCUUAGGAGAAGAGCUUCUUAUUGAAGAAGAGGGUUCUGUUGUUGAUGGCAAGAACUUCUCCCUCAGGCCAAUAUUGUUGUCUUCUUCAUCCUUUUCCACAAAGGGCACGUGGAGAGAGCUAUUGGGCCUUAAGAGGACCCAUUGUAGAUCUAAGAAGACUGAUAAAGUCAAUGAGGAAGUGUUAACUCAAGAUCACAAAAUAAUCUCAGGAAGUGUUGCGACGAGGGAGUGUCAAGUUGCAGAUACAAGAUGAACAAAUUAAUUUAGAUUAUUUAUGAUAAUCUAGAUUGACUGUAUCUAAAUGUUCAUUGGACAAAGAUGGUUCCAACAACUCUUUUCGGCUCACAUGUUUUGUUGUUCUUGUAAGUUUUUGUUUUGUUUGUGGAAUCAAUAAUUUUGUGGAACAUCUCUAUUUUAAUGCCAGUGAAGAUUUGUGUGUA